GAUAUGUUCCUAGCCGGCUCGUCUACGACCGCCUCCAUUGUGGAAUGGGCAAUGGCGGAGCUCAUCAACCAUCCAGAUGAGAUGCGCAAGCUCCAAGAGGAAAUACGCACCACCAUCCAUGGCGGCGGUGACAACCAGCAAAUCACCGAGGACCACCUCGGCAAGCUGCGCCGCCUCAAGCCGGUGCUCAAGGAGACGCUCCGUCUGCACAUGCCGUCGCCGCUCGUGCUGCGGGAGACGGUCGAGGACAGCGAGCUGCUCGGCUACCACGUUCCGGCACGCACCCGUGUCAUCAUCGACGUCGGGGCCAUCGCACGGGACCCCGCCACCUGGGAGCGCGCCGAGGAGUUCCUGCCGGAGCGGUGGUUUGGGGACGAUGGCGGGCCGCUGGCGGCGGCGGCGGCGGGGCAGGACUUCACAUUCUUGCCGUUCGGUGGCGGGCGGAGAGGGUGCCCUGGUGCUGGGUUUGGCAUGGCGAGCGUCGACCUGGUGCUGACGAGCCUGCUGUGCCACUUCGACUGGGAGCUACCGGCCGGUGGGGCGUCCACGGUCGACAUGGAUGAGGUGGGUGGAUUGGCCGUGCGGUUGAAGAAACCUCUGUGUCUGGUCGCUAAGCCAUGGUCUCCUUAGUAAGAUCCAUCAUGGUGUGGUCUAUCCUACUCAUAAUCAUCAGGAAAUUAAAUAAAGAGCUUAAUUAUCCGCACGGGCCACGUGUCCUUCACUGCUAUCUUAUACAUUCAUGGUAAACAGCAAAAUGUAAAGUUUGGACGCAUGACCUUAACUAUUACAUAUAAGCAUCCAUAUCAUAUGUACUUUACUGGCUAUAUAUAUUAUUCUCCUCUAUUAAUAUAUAUUUGCUUUACAGAGGUA